ACGAGCGCAGAAUUGGUAUAUUAGGUGGUGGCCAGUUAGGUAGAAUGCUCAUACAAGCUGGACAGCUUCUUAAUCUCAAUGUUGUUGUAUUGGAAAACGACAGCAACUCACCAGCGAAACAAGUGACGAACAACAACAGCGAACAUAUUACUGGUUCUUUCAACGACCCAGUAUCUAUUAAAGCACUCGCUGAUAAAGUAGACCUUCUCACCGUCGAAAUUGAGCACGUAAACGUAGAAGUAUUGGAGGAAAUAGAGAAGACAACCAAUGUGAGAGUUUCACCAUCACCAGCGACUAUCAGAACUAUUCAAGAUAAAUACAUUCAAAAGGAGCACCUCAUGAAGCACGCAAUUCCAGUUGCGAAGAGUAUCCCACUCCUUGAACAAUCCCCAGAGGCACUCAAACAGACCGUUGAUAACGAAUUGGCGGGCGUCUAUCCUGUCAUGCUCAAAGCACGUAGACAGGCCUAUGACGGUAAGGGUAACUACCUCGUCAAGUCUCCAGAAGAUGCAGUUCAGGCAGUUGAAACACUUUCCAAAACCGCCGGCAGCGGUGGUCUCUACGUUGAGAAACUCGCACCAUUUGUAGCUGAAAUCGCAGUCAUGGUCGUUAGAUCAGAGAGCGGAAAGGUCGUUGCUUACCCUGCCGUAGAGACUGUACACGAGGAUAGUGUUUGCAGUGUCGUCUUCGCACCUCUCCAAACAAAGGACAGUGGUAUACAACAAAGAGCCCAAGAUGUCGCUAGAAACGCAAUAAGCACAUUCACUGGUGCUGGUGUAUUCGGCGUUGAAAUGUUCCUUCUCGGUGAUGGUCAAAUUCUCUUGAAUGAGAUCGCACCACGUCCACACAACUCAGGUCACUACACAAUUGAAGCCUGUGCUACAUCACAAUACGCAAACCACUUGAGAGCUAUCUUAGAUUUACCGCUCGGUGCGACUGAUUUGGUAGUACCAUAUGCUGGAAUGAUAAACCUUCUCGGCCGCAACGAUGGAAGUGAAGAGGGUGUCCUCAAAUUGGCGAGAAAGGCACUUGAGAUCCCUGGCGCACAUGUACACCUUUAUGGAAAAGCUGGUUGUCGCAAGGGUCGCAAAAUGGGACACAUCACCGUCGUCGGUGAGUCAUCAGCCGCUGUUCACGCACGUAUCGACGAGUUAAGUGCAUUGUUGCCUCCAUCCGACUCACGCGUGAAGGAGAAUCCAUUGGCGCACAUCUCUGCACUCCUCCCAUCACCAUUCAAGAAGGCAAACAAUAAGUCAAGCUCGACGAACCCACUCGUUAGCGUUAUCAUGGGCUCAGAUUCUGACCUUAAAGUAAUGAACGCUGCAGCAGAAAUACUCAAGAAAUUUGAAAUACCAUAUGAACUCACGAUUGUUUCUGCUCACAGGACACCAGACAGGAUGGUAGAGUUCGCAAAGAGCGCUCCAAGCAGAGGUGUGAGGUGUAUUAUCGCAGGUGCGGGUGGUGCAGCCCACUUACCGGGAAUGGUAGCCGCGAUGACACCUCUUCCAGUCAUUGGUGUACCAGUAAAGGGUAGCUCACUUGACGGUGUAGACAGCUUGCACUCAAUCGUCCAGAUGCCCCGCGGUAUCCCUGUCGCAACUGUAGCCAUCAAUGGUGGUCUUAACGCUGGUUUACUCGCUGUAAGGGUUAUCUCAGCUGGUAUGCCUCGCCUCUUGAAUUCUCUCGAUGAAUACAAGCGUGGAUUAGAGGAAGAAGUCUACGCCAAGAUCGACAAAAUCGAAGACGUAGCUUGGGAGAACUAUAAAGGACUCUAAGGAGUAUCGAAUUUGUAUUGAUUUCUUUGUUAUGCAUCUA